AUGGGUAAAAAAAAAAAAGUUGGAAAAGAGAGAAUAGAUAAGUAUUAUAAAUUAGCAAAAACAGCUGGAUAUAGAGCUAGAUCAGCUUUUAAAUUAAUUCAAAUAGCACAAAAAUAUAACAUUUUCAAAGAUGCAAAAAUACUAAUAGAUUUAUGUGCAGCACCAGGAGGGUGGCUGCAAGUAGCUUAUAAAAACAUGAAUAAAAGUAGUACAAUAAUAGGAGUUGACUUAGUACCAAUUAGAAAAAUUGAUGAUAAUGUAAUAACUAUAAAAAGUGACAUUACAACUGGUGAUUGCAUUAAAAAAAUAAAAAAUAUUAUACAAAAUGAAAAAGCAGAUGUAAUUUUAAAUGAUGGUGCACCCAAUGUAGGUACUACUUAUUCAUAUGAUAGUUACAAUCAGAAUAUUUUAGUUCUUAAUAGUAUUAAAAUAGCUCAUCUUUUUUUAAAAAAAAGAGGAAUAUUUAUUACUAAAGUUUUUAGAAAUGAAGAAUAUAUUUCAUUAAUAUGGGUUCUAGAAAAAUUAUUUGCUGAAGUAAAGCACAUAAAACCAAGAAGUAGUAGAGAAAUAUCAUCAGAAAUCUAUUUAAUUGCUCUUAAUUUUUUAAAUAAUAAAGUAGACAAAAAAUUAUUUGAUUAUACAUAUGUUUUUAGUGAUGAAUUCAAAAAGAAUUCAAAUGAACUAAAUUCACUUCACAAAAACGAUACUAAUAUUAAUGAUAAUAGCGAUGAAGAAGAAUCAAAAAAAAAAUUAAAAAAAAAAAAAGGUCUUUCUACUAUUCUGAAGCAAAAGAAGAAAAAAAAUAGGCAAGGAUAUGAUGUUGGAGACGACUACAGAGUUACAGAUAUAUGCGAUUUUAUUAAUAGUGAUAAUUAUAUUGAUUUACUUAUAAAAAAUAAUAAAUUUACAUUUGAUAAAAAUUAUAAUGAUUCCUCUGAUUCCCUAAUAAAAACUACGUAUAACUGUAUCUAUUCAAAUAAAGAAACCAAAGAAGAAAUACUUCAUUUAUGUAAAGAUUUAAAGAUAUUAGGAAAAUCAGAUUUAUUUCAUCUCAUCAAAUGGAGAUAUAAAAUUAAGAAAAGUAUCAGUAGAAUUUUAGAUAAAAAAAAUGAAAAUUCAGAAAAAGAAAAAAAAGAGAGUGAAGAAGAUGAGAAAGAUGAACAGUAUCAAGAAGAGGAAAAAAAAAAAGAUAAUGUAAAGCUAAAUGCAAGAAGUUCAUCAGAAGACGAAUUAAGUAAUUCUUCGGAUAAUUCAUCCGAAGUAAAUGAAAUAAACGAAUUUUCUAGUUAUAUUAAAAAAAAGGAAGAAAAAAAAAAAAAAAAAAAGGAGAAAAAAUUAAAAAAAGAACAAGAAAAAAAAAGAAAAAUAAAUCAAACCCUUAAAAUUGAUUAUGAUGAAAAUGAAAUACAUUUUAAUAAAGAUUUGUUGAAAUUAUUAAAUAAACAAAAAUUUGAGGAUCAUCUACAAAUUUUAAACAAUAAUAAUGACGAUGAAAAAUUAGAAAUUUAUGAAGAUAAAUCUGAAAUCAGUGAAGAAAAUGAUUUAUCAGAUAAAAAUGGGGAAACCAAUCACUUAAAAAAAUCAAACAAUUCUAAGUUAGAUAAAUUAGAAUAUCUUGUUAACUUAGACUACGAAAAACAAAAAAUGAAAGAAAAGAAAUUACAGGAAGAGAAAAAAACAGAUAAAAUGACUAGAAGAAAAAGAGCAAUGGACUACAAAAAUGAAGAAUUAAUGAAAAUUCAAAAAAUAAUGGAAUUAAAAAAUGAAGAAUUGUUAAUGAAAAAAAAAUUAGAUGAUUAUUUUAGUGAUGAAGAAUCAAGUGAUGAUAAUGAUUCAACAAAAAAAAGUGAGUCUGAUGAUUAUGACGAUGAAACUUAUAAAAAUGGAAAUUAUGAAAAAGACGAUUAUCAAAAUAGUGAAUUAUUAAAAGAGAAUUUACAUAUACAUAAUAUAGUUAAUAAAAUAAUACGAUUAAGAAAAGAUGUUAAAAAAAGAGAAGAAGAAAAUUCGAAUAUGAGUCGUUUUUUUGAUCAGAAAAUAUUUUCGAAUAUAUUCGAUCAAUUAGAUAAUGAAACAAAUGAAGAUAAAAACAAUGUAUUUGAAAAAAAUAGUACUUUAAGAAAAGAAAGUGUAAUGGAUAAGAAAUAUUGCAAUAAUGAUAUUAAUGAUGAUAAAUUAAGUGAAGAAUUAAAUGAAAAUAUAAAAGAAAUAGAUGACAGUCAAUUACCUAAAAUUCCAUUGCCAGAAAAGCUAGCUAAAAAAGAAAAAAAAAGAAAAUUAAAAGAAAAAUAUGGAAAUAAUGAAGUAAAAAUGAAAAACUCUAGUUUUUCUAUUGUCAAAACCAAUGAAAAUACACAAAAUAUAAAUAAUUAUUUUUCAAAUUUAGUUAAAGACGAGGAUGAAUUAGCAUUUAUAAGAUGUAUAGGAGAAAAAUUAAUUCAUAAAAAAAGCAGAAUGGAUUUAAUAGACGAUUCAUUUAAUAGAAAUUCUUAUUUAGAAGAUGAAGAUACGUUACCUGAUUGGUUUGUAGAAGAAGAAAAAAAGUUUAGAAAACCUGUUAUUCCUAUUGAUAAAAAAAUAUUAGAUCAAUACAAAAGUAAGAUCAAUAAAAUAACUAGAAUGCCUAUUAAAAAGGUUAUUGAAGCCAAAAUGAGAAAUAAAAAAAGAGAAAUAGCUAAAAUGAAAAAACUCGAAGCGAAAAUAGGAAAAAUAGAAAAAAAUGAGGAUGAUCCUUUCCUACAGCAAAAAGCCAUAACUAAUUUAUUAAAGAAAAACAAAUCAGACAAAAAAAGAGAAAAAUCUUACAUUGUUUGUACUGGAAAAGGAUCUAAAAUAGCCAACAAAAAGAAAAAGAAAGGUGGUAAAAGUGUGGUAAAGUAUGUUGAUAAGAGAUUGAAAAAAGAUAAGAGGGCUAAAAAAAGAAUAGAAAAAAAGAAAAAAAAUGUAUCAAGAGCUAAAUAUUCUAAAUCGAAACCAUUUAAAUUUAGAAGAAAAAAUUAA